AUGGAAUUACCUUCGAUUAAUAGUACAACAAGUAUCUCUGACAAUGCAGAAUUGAGAAAUUAUUAUGACAAUUUAUUGUUUAAAAAUAGUAGUGGUAGAUCAUUAGCUGAUUUGCCAAGAAAAUCACAAGAGAGAGAUUCAGUUCAACAACAAAAUAUUUAUCCAAAAGUUGAUUUUAUUAAAGGUUUUCAAAGACAACAAACAAAUAUUGAUAAUGAAAUAACUGAUUCAUUUGCACAAUUCAAAUUAUCAAAUAUGAAAGAUUUUUUGCCACAACAAGGUACAAGAAGACAAUCAAUUUUUAAUAUUAAUAAUGAUAAUAUAUUACCUUUAACAAGCACAAAUUCAAAUGCACCUUUAGCAUUUAAUUUUAGCACUAAUAAUAAUAAUAAUAAUAAUAAUAAUAAUAAUAAUAGCAAUAAUGAUUUUGUUGUUGAAAGAAGAUCUUCUUAUAUUUCUGAUACUUUGAUUCAUAAUAAUCAACCAAAUUUGUUAAAUAAUUCACAAUUUAUUCAACACCAACAACAGCCAAUGCAACAACAACAACAACAACAACAAUAUUACCAACAACAAUCAUCAAAUCAACAACAACAACAAAAAUAUGGUUACUUAAAUUAUGUUAGUGGACAAGUAUCAAAUACAAAUACAACAAAAUUGAAUAGAUUACCAAUUAUUAAUAUUAAUAAUAAUGAUAUGAAUAAUUCAAAUUCCAUUAUCAGAAAGGAUUCAAAUAAUGGUUUGAUGUUAACAGAAGAUAAACAAUUAGCUUCUUCAAAUGAUUUAGCUAAAUUAUAUAAAGAUUGCGGUGAACAUUAUUUUUCAAGUAAUCAAGUUUACGAAUUUGCAGAUUAUUUAAAACAAUCAUUAUUAUCAAACGAUAAUACCUCAUCAUUAAAACAAAUUCAUGAACCAUUAAAAAGAUUUUUAAAUUUUUUAAAAAGUUGUAAUUUAAAGUAUAAUCCACAAUCAGAUGGUUUUAUUUCAGGUGAUAGACGUAAUAUUCCUACUACUACUAAUAAUAAUAAUAAUAAUAAUAAUAAUAAUAAUACUAUGCGUAGAAAUAGUGUUCCACUACAAUCAUCCUUAGGAAGAUCUUCAACUACAAAUAAUAGUGCUUCAGCUUAUUUACAUUAUCGUCCUUUAGUAUUAGUAUCUUUGAAAAAUGGGAAAUUAGAAUUGUUAUCAAUGCCUGCAGGAGCAAAUAUGUCAAUGAAACGUGGUGAUUUAGUUAUCAUUGAUGGUGACCGUGGUAGAGAUUUAACUCUUGUUGUCGAACCAAUAGUUUCAUUAGAUUUAGCUUUAAUUAUUAAUUUUUUGAAAAAAAAGAUUCAUUUUGAUUCGUUAAUUACAAGUAAAACACAACAUUAUCCAAAUAAUCAAUUUAUUGAUGCAUUAGAAAAAUGUACAAAUGGUUUAAGUGAUUCAUUAAAUCCAAAGCUUUAUGAUAUUAUUGAAUUAACACAAUUAGUUGUGCCAUCAAAACAAGUAUUAAGAUUUGCAACACCAUGGGAAAGUAGUACAAAUUUACAUAAUAAAUUUCAAGACGAAUUAAAAGCAUUACAUAUUGCACAAUUAAAAUUAAGAGGAUUAAAUGGUAAUUCAUCAAAUGAAGAAUAUACUAAUGAUUCAAUAAAUGUAUGUCAUGGGUUAAAUAUUAAAAUUCUUAAUGCAGAAUUUCAAUUUGAUCGUAAAAAAUUAACAUUUUAUUAUUUAUGUGAAGAACGUAAUGAUUUCCGUGAAUUGAUUAAAGAAUUGUUUAAAUUUUAUAAAACAAGAAUUUGGUUAUGUGCUAUACCAAAUAAUUUAGAUAUUGAUUCAAAAUAUUAUGAUUCUGAACAAAAAGAAUUAAAAAUGUAUCAAGAAAUGAUGCAACAUUAUUCACAAGAAGAAUUUAUGGAUAACAGUAAUACUAGCAAUAAUAAUACUAAUACUAAUACUAAUAAUGGUAGUGGGUUUGUAGUUGCGCCACCAUUAAAUGAAUUACAAUUAGACAAUUUCCAAAUUGCAGUAUAUCAAGAGCUAGUACAACAAUUAUUUUAG